GCGCUCGCCCCACACACGCCCAAUGGCGCCUGGGUGCUGCCCCCUGAGAAUCGCCCGAGUUUCCUCUCUGUCUCCCCACAGGACUGCCAGUUCGCCCUGGGGGGCAAGGGCCAGAGCCCAGACCUGCAGAUGCUGGCUGUGUACUCCCUGCUGCCCUUUGACAACCAGGAUGGUGGCGUGUGGAAGCAGGGCUUUGAUAUCACCUAUGAGCCCAAUGAGUGGGACGCUGAGCCCCUGCAGGUGUUUGUGGUGCCACACUCCCACAACGACCCGGGCUGGAUCAAGACUUUUGACAAGUACUACUAUGACCAGACACAGCACAUCCUUAACAGCAUGGUGCUGAAGAUGCAGGAGGAUCCGCGCCGGCGCUUCAUCUGGUCUGAGAUCUCCUUCUUUUCCAAGUGGUGGGACAACAUCAGUGCCCAGAAGCGGGCUGCGGUGCGGAGGCUGGUUGGCAACGGGCAGCUGGAGAUGGUGACGGGUGGCUGGGUGAUGCCCGACGAGGCCAAUUCCCACUACUUUGCCAUGAUCGACCAGCUGAUCGAGGGGCACCAGUGGCUGGAGAAGAACAUCGGUGUGACGCCCCGGUCGGGCUGGGCUGUCGACCCCUUUGGGUACAGCUCCACCAUGCCCUACCUGCUGAAGCGCUCCAACCUGACGGGCAUGCUCAUCCAGCGAGUGCACUACGCCAUCAAGAAGCACUUUGCUGCCACUCAGAACCUGGAGUUCAUGUGGAGACAGACAUGGGAUCCAGACACCAGCACCGACAUCUUCUGCCACAUGAUGCCUUUCUACAGCUACGAUGUGCCCCACACCUGUGGGCCAGACCCCAAGAUCUGCUGCCAGUUCGACUUCAAGCGCCUGCCGGGUGGCCGGAUCAACUGCCCCUGGAAGGUGCCUCCCCGAGCCAUCACUGAUGCCAACGUGGCAGAGCGAGCCCAGCUGCUGCUGGACCAAUACCGCAAGAAGUCCAAGCUGUACCGCAGCAAGGUGCUGCUGGUGCCCCUGGGAGAUGAUUUCCGCUACGACAAGCCGCAGGAGUGGGAUGCCCAGUUCCUCAACUACCAGCGCAUCUUCGACUUCCUCAACUCCCGACCCGACCUCCACGUCCAGGCACAGUUUGGGACGCUCUCCGACUACUUUGAUGCCCUGUACAAGAAAGUGGGCAUCGUGCCAGGGAUGAAGCCGCCCGGGUUCCCAGUGCUGAGUGGGGAUUUCUUCUCCUAUGCGGACCGGGAGGAUCACUACUGGACAGGCUAUUACACCUCCCGGCCUUUCUACAAGAGCAUGGACCGGGUGCUGGAGGCCCACCUCCGGUGA